AUGAAAAAUAUUCAUUGUAACUGUGUUGAACAUGGCAGAAAUGACUUUCUUCAACCAUAUUUCCAUUGUUAUACAUGUGGAUUAAUAGAUGGAAUGGGUUGUUGUGUUAAUUGCGCAAUGACAUGUCAUAAAGGACAUAUCUUGGAAUAUCAUAGACCUUCUAAUUUCUAUUGCGAUUGUUAUUAUUCAGGAAAUUGUUUAUACAACAAAGAACAAACAUUUGUUCCUGAACAAGAACAAGAACAAGAGCAAGAAGAGCAUUUGCCAGAAGUCGAUCAAAUGGAAGGUCUUCCUUUCGAAAUUGCUCUGAUGCAGAGAAUGGAAAGAAGAUAUUUAGUUGGUCCUGACGGUCAACCAAACAACCAAAAUGAUGAUGAACCGAGAUUGACAACAAGAGAUUUACUCAUGCACAGAGGAAACAGAAGAAAUUUGCCAGUUAGACCAAACCCAGGACAAUUCGGUCUUGGAGCUUCGAUGUUUAGAAAUCCAGGAAAUUCUCCAUUUGCAAAUCACGGAAAUCCUGGAAAUUCUCCAUUUGAAAAUCAUGGAAAUCCAGGAAAUCAUGGUCCUUCGUUGUUUGGAAAUCCACAAAUUUCUAAAUUCGAUUUUGUUGAAAAUGUCAAACAAAAUUGUCCAAAUCCUGAUUCUUUGUUAGAAAUGGUUAAAUCAAUGGAUGAAAUAGAGAUUUCGGAAUCAGCGAUAUUACAAAACAGAUUGACACAAGAUAUAACAACUAUAGAUAUAAAGAACAUGCAAAUACAAAAAAAAGUUCCUUAUUUGUCAGUUUCUUCAUCGAAUUUGAAAGUUUCUUUGCCACAAAAUGCUCAAACAAUAAGAGCUUUGGGAGGAUUGUCUACAUGGGGAAGAUCAAUAAGAAUGAACAACAAGAGAUUACCUAUUGUUUCUGUACUCGAUGGUGUUUUAGUAGCAGAUGGAAAAUCAGUAAAAUUACUUAAAAACAUGGAAGUAAUAUCGAGAUUGGAUUUGUCCUCUCAAAUUUCUUAUUUGGCCGCAUCAAAUCUUGAUCCAAAUAUCGUAGCUGCUGGUAGUUUUGAUGUUGUUUAUGUUUUGUAUGUUGAUGAAACUGGUAUCAAUAGAACACAUACUGUUCAAUUAAUGACUUCUGAGUUAGAUUUCUCUCUGAUUUCCUUGGAAUGGAUUCCAAACAUGCCAAUGCUUUUGGCGGUUACUUCAAACAAAUUUGUCAAAAUUUACAACAUUCCUGAUGAUUGUUUGUCUCCAAUGAUUUGUUUGUUGCCGAGAGACAGGAUGAUAAACUCAUGCACAUUCAUAGUAGAUAACGAAACACCUGUUGCAGUCAUUUCUUCCAUGGAUGGAUCGAUGGCAAAAGUUCAAAUAACUCAGGAUAUGAAUGGACCAAAGAAUUUCAUGUUUUCAAAUCCUUCUUUUGGAAGUUCUUCGUUGAAUUUGUCAUCAUUAGUUUAUUCCAAUCUCAUUUUCAUUUCAUCAGAGAACUCUUUGACAAUAGCAAGACCAGAUGAUUUCGAUAAUUGCUGCAAGAUAAAUUGCCAGGAAUUAUAUCAGUAUUUCACAACAGUUCCUCAUCAUGAAAACAUUUUCGUUUUCACUUCUAAAAAAUCAAUUAUGACUGUUGAAAUAGCUGAUGACAAGGUUAUCACAACAACUAUACAUGAAAAUAAUGUGGCAGGAAUAGCCUCCGAUGGAGAGAAACUUAUUGUUGUAUUAGAAGAUGGAACAAUAGGAACUUUGGCUGAAGGAGAACCAAAAUUAAUUUCAAGGCCAAAUAUACCAAACAAAAGUGACAACUUCCCCGAGGAAGUUGUUGAAGUUCCUCUGACUUUUUGGACAAACAGCACAUAUAAGAACGGCCGCGGAUCAGUAAUCAUAAAUGAUACAGUCAAGUUCACGGAUUCCAUCAAUGUAAAGAAUUAUUUGUCCUUAAUUUUGAAAGCCGAUGAAGGAUUAAAAGUUAUUGGCUUCAUUUUGUCGAAACAAUCUUUCGAUGAUGUUACAAUAGUUGUGAAGAACAGAAAAGUUACAUUCCCAUUUAAUAAUGAUGGUCAAAAAGAUAUUAUGUUCCCAUUAAAACAAAAUGAGUGCGGAAAGACAGUCAAAGUAGAAAUAUUUGUUUCUAAGAUCAUUUCCAUCAGAGAAAUUAAAGUUUUCUGCGCUGAUGUCCAGACGAAAGAAGAGAAUUUCGAUGAAAAUAUGAACAUUAGUCGAAACAUCAUAAUGGGAAGUAGCGAAAAGUCAUCACAAGGUGUUGUUGCAGAGAUAUGCGCUGAUGCUUUGCCUCUGGGAGUCAAAAUACCAACAAAUGAAAUGUUUAAUUUGGCUUACAAGUCAAAGAAAGUUUCUACUGCUGCACAAACGAUUUUGGCAAAGUCAGACAUUAAGAAAGAAGAGAUAAAUAAGUCAGAACAUGAAAUAUUGAAGAGCGGAGUCCCUCCAAAUCCAAAGUUGUGGAGAGAUGUAGCAAUUUUGUGCAUGGAAGGAGAAAAUGAAGUUCCAAAAGAAAUUUGGAAUGGUGAUAAGACAAUGCACUCUAUGUUUGUUGCCUUUAUGUCUAAGUAA